AUAAACUCAGACUCGAUUAUCACAUGCUUAGCUCUCAUUCAUCUGCCAAAGCUUUACCACAGGAGAUUCACACUGGAGAGUGGAGUCUUCCUACUCAGCCUAGAGGUUAAGUGUAAGAAAAUGUGAGAAGAUGCUACAAUUGGAAAUUCUCUGUACAGUUCUGAGCCUUACGCUGUUUUCCAAAGCCAGAUCACAAGCUCAGGAGAAUGCGCUCACCUGUGUGACGAAUUACUGGCUCACCAUCGAUUGCUUUUUAAAACCCUCAGCCAUUCCCAACACAAGUGAAACGACGUCAUACUGGCUGGAAUUUGUUUUACAGCACAGGCCAUUGGUCUAUAACUGUUCACUUACACUAAGAGAGGAUGGUUACAGCUGCACGUUCAAAGCAGACAAUAUUCCAUUUUAUAAUUCAUUUGCCAAUUUCCAUCAUUUUGUUAUAUCGCUUUGUUAUUUGGAGAAUGGCCUGAAGUCCAAAAAUUUGGAUUCCAAAUAUUAUCCAUCAAAACACAUCAAACCACUGACACCAAAUAAUUUAACAGUGAGUAAAGCAGACGGAUACUAUAUCUUUAAGUGGACGAGUGGAUAUGAGCAACACCAAUAUGAUGCUUUGGUCUUUAAAUACAAAUUAUCAUACCACAAAGAGGGAUAUCCUGGCAGCGCUUUAACUGUGAAUGUAAAAAGAACAGAGUUCAAUAUUUCAGAAGCAGAAUUCGAAGCAGGUACUCUGUACACUGCUAAGGUAUGCAGUAAAAUCCGGACUGAGAAUGACUACAAUGGAACAAACAGUAACUGGAGCUCUGCCGUCAAAUGGACCACCUCACACGAUGCAGUCGGACAUACUCCUCCAUCUUUAGUCCCAGAGCACAAUCCAGCCUUGCUUCCAUCUACAGUCGUGAUGGUUAUUCUGAUUUGUUUGGCAGUGGCAGUGACCUUUCUGCUGUUAUACCCUGUUGCAAGAAUGAAGAUCAAAGAUAUAAUUUGGGUGGCAACGCCAUCUCCCAACUUCCAAUCACUUUUGCAAAAUCAUCAGGGCAAUAUCAAGGACUGGGUGCCCAAAAGUCAAGUGCAACAAAUCUACAGUGAGGAAAUUUCCACAAUUGAUGCGAUAACAGAGAUCACAGCUGUAGAGCGGGAUCAAGAAAAGAUCUCCAGCGUGCAUUACACACCCCUGUAUCAGACCCCUUACGUCGGCCCCUCAACAGAAGUCUGGGCCCCCUUGCACAAAUCUGACACACUCAGUGUUGCUAGCAUAUCACAUCUAGAUUUCCUACCCGACGAGUCCGCAGUUGAAGAGCCCAUGUUUUGUUUGACCAUGUUUGAACCAAUUGCUGUCGAGGGUUUUUUAUGUAUGGAUGACCUGGAGCUCGGUCAUGAGGAACUGGAGCCCUUAGAAACGUUGACCGUCACCCCAAAACCUGCAUGUUUUAUUCAAAAUGGUUUUACUCAGAAUUAUUGCACCUUGACUAACACCCCCAUUGGUCUUAUUCCCACAUUCACCACGGGGCCUUUUAAUCCUGAACUGAUGCCAGCUGGUAAUGCUUCAAAAGAGCCGUUAAAUGAGCAGACAGAAGAGAAUACAUCAGAACCACCGGUUACAGUGACUCUUGACAGUUUACAACUGUCUAUGGAAGAUUGAGCAUAUUGCUGCUGUCGGAAGAAAACCUUGUAUCUCCAUUUCUGUCGUUUUCCAGUUUUUGACAUAAUUUGAAAAUACCUGUUGUUCUUUACAUUGUCUGUCAGUUUCGUGAUGAACGGACCAAAAGA